UCACAAUGACAUGUAUCUUCCAUUUGACGUUUGUGACAUGUAGACUUCUCAAAGUGGCUAAACAUUAUUUUAAUUCCAAACAAAUUUUUCCAUGUCUAAAGAAUGGUAAAUGACUUAAAUAAAGUGUCCCAUGUGUUGACCGACAUCUGAACGUUAUUUAAUACACAUUAAAAGUUUUACAACACGAAAAACUUUCCGUUACACUCAUGAUAAAAGUAUCGCAAAGUUACAUUAAAAUUGUAGAUCGUAGUGGUUGAAAAACACGGAAAUGUCUGCAACAAGUGCGUUAGAGUGUAAUGAAGAUUUGGAGAAUGUGACUCUGGUGAGAAUGGAGGAUGUUCAACCAGAUAGGAGCUCUGAUGUUUACAUACUGGGUACAUCACCGUACGUAAACAGAGUUAUCGACCAUGAUUACAGUUGUGUCUUCAAUGACGAGGACUCUAAUAUAGGAUCCAUGGUCUCCAUACAUUCGGAGGAGGUCGAAGAGUUGAUAGAGAAAGAAGUUGUAGAGCAGGAUAAAUACAAGACAUCAGAAUUCUGUGCAUCCAAUCCAGACAGUUGGCCAACUUUAGAAAUCCUACCGGGCGGUGUAAUAAAACAUUCAGAAAAAUUAAUAACAUCUUUACACCAAAGUGACAAAGAAACUUCAGAAAAGGAUUUAAUGUAUGCAUGUGCAAAAUGUCCACAAAGGUUUAAGUUUUUAUACAAUUUGGUCAAACAUGUCAAAUUGCAUGAGGAAGAGAAGAAAAAGAGAUUUUUAAUUUUAAAUGUAGAUUCAAAGUCUGCAACAUCAGAACUGUCAAUCAAAAAAAUAAAGAAGAAGAGAGGCGGAAAAUUAAAACGAAGCAAAUUACCAAAAAAAUGAUAGUCCAUUUAUGGAACUACUAGUAAGCACAAAUAAUAAUUAAUAUAAUUGUUAGAGAUGAAAUGGAUAUUCAGUGAGUUACCAGAAUCUGUCUUAUCACGAACUAGCUGUCGUCGAACAAUGAUAAAGAACAUGCUCAACAGUGAGGCGAAUAUGGUUUUUUUUUUUAAGUUAUUUACUCUUGACUACAAUCUCACCCAAUGAUGGUGCAAUCUAAGAUGGAAGCAGGUUAACUUGUUAGGAGUUGGAUGAAAAUUCACACCUGGUUUUCGGUUUCAAUACAAUAUGUUUUUUAAUAAUGAUGGAUUCAAUUCACAAGUAUCUACAAAUGCCAACAGUGAAAGAAGAAAUAAAAUCUAGUAACAACAACUACAAAGCUAGACUCAGAAACCAUCCGAACCACCUGGCUGUUAACAAUACCACAGGCGAUACGGCGAUUGAAAAGACGGCAAAUACUUGAUUAAACGCCAUAUAUGACACUUACAUGGAGCUGCUCCCGCUGGGGAAUGUGGCUUCUAAUCGCCAAAUUUUUCUACAACAGCUCUGCUCAUAGUCUGCCGACUGAUUGCAUGAGAUAAACAGGACAAAAAAAAAAAAUAAUAAUGAUGGAUGAUGAUGAUUUUUUCGAUUAUGUAUGAUGACAACAAUUUGCCACACAAAAGUUGUUGUUGUUUAUAACUAAAUUUUAUCAGUAUUUCGGUUGAUUACUAUAUGUAUAUCAAAACAAAAUGUCUUAUUAAAAAGGAUAAUAAUUAGCCAAAGCCACAUCUUUUUUCAAUUGUGGAGUUCCUGCUCCACAAACAAAUGAAAUAUAAAUGAGAGAAUUCCUAAAAUUGCUCAAGUACUUAUAGAAAUUCUCUCAUUUAUAACUGUAUAAUUUUAUAGAAUUUUAUAAUAUUAGUUGUUUUUAUAAUUAGUUUAAAAAUGCUGAGGUAGAAACACAUUUGGUGUAUUUGUUAUUUUUUAAAUUUUUGGUUGGGUUAUUUAUAUUGUCAUAUUGUUGUAUGCAUGCUUGCAAUAAACCUACUUGGUUGAAUGUCAAAAAAAUACUCAGUAUCUGGCCAAAGAGUUUAUCCAUUUCAUAUCUAACUAAUACCUUGUGUUCCAUUUAAGUAAAUUGUAGCAAAGAUGCGAAAUUCAUUGAUGAGUAUUCGCUUUAAUUUUCUGUUUUAAAAUAUGAAAAUAAUUGACCUUUGUUUAUUAGAUUAGUAUGUAUGCAUUCCUAGUGUUUUUCAGAUAGCAUGGGUGACAGUCGCCAGUAUGACGUUCAUAAUAUGUACUAUUAUCGUGAAUCGCGAAACUUUCAAGAGUGAAACAAACUGACACCCACACCACCCUACAAGAAAAGAUCUAUAAAUCAGUUAUCUGAUAGUUUUAUAAUUUUGGCGAAUUAUUUAAAACAGAAAUUUUUAUCAGCUAUACAGCUAAUUACUUUGUUUUUCAGGUAAAUUUCUUUAAUUAUAUGAUGCUGUUGACAAAUAUAAAAAUAUUUUCGACAUGCAUUUUGUAAUAAAAAAAAGUCAAAUGGCGGCAAGAUGAAAGGCUCGCAUCGUUCAGAAUGUUUCUUAUAUUGGAAAGAUUUGUUCUCAAAAAACUAACUUCUUGACUAGACUAACAUGUGUUUUUUUAAGGAUAUUAUCUGUUUUUAGCCUUCACAUGUGCCUAUAGGUACUAUUUAAGGAUCAUUUGGAAAAUCAUCAGUGAAUGUACAUUUAAGCCAAAAAAUUAAAAAAUACAGGCAGGUUAAAUUGUUAUAAUAAUUUUUAAUUAUGCCUCUGAGUCCAUUACAUGAAAGCUAUGUAACACAAAGAUGAAAAAAAAUUCAAAUUCUAUAAGACCAAAAUGAAGAUGACUCUGAUCAAAUCAUUGUUAAUAAUUCUAAUUUCUGUUAAUUUUUUAGUACUAUAUUUUAUAAUAAAUUAUGUAAUAAUACAGUUAAAGAUCAUGAAGGUUUUUUAAAGAAUCACUUUUGUUAACAAUUAUUACAAAUCUGAAUGAAUUAAUUUUAUAAUUAAUGUGAUAGAACUGAACACUGAGGGGUGGUGGUUUAUUCCCCACCCCGUUGGACUAUUAUCGUACCCACUCCUGGGAAUAUUGGCCAUAUUUAAAAGAUAUGGCAAAGAAUCUUUAAAAAAAAAGUUAACCCACCAACCCGCAUUAGAGCAGUGUGGUGGGUUUAAGCUCCAUAUCUGAUAAUAAGGAUGAUGAUUAAUAAGAAUGAUCAGAAAAACAAAAUGUCUUUUUUGUAAUGAAAUUAUUGUUAGUCAAUCACAUUCUCUAUUGAGAAUUUAGUGAGAGUUGAUUGGUGUAAAAAUUUGGUAUACAAAGUGAAAUGAUGUAUAAUUUAAGGUAAUUUUGAUUUUAUUAUUGUUUGUAUAUUAUGAGUUGGGUUUUGUUUGUUUGUUGUUUUUUUUUCUGAAAGAGCGAUUCUUUUAUUAUCUAGUUUCCAUACGCAGACUAAAGAGAUAAAGAGAAAAGAUUUUCUAAUAUUUAUGUCAGGUGUAAAAUAUUUACUUUAUGUUUUUAAUUAAACCUGUGUAUGUGAGUGAUUUAUGUUAGUUAUGAAUUUGAAUAAUAAUAUUAUGAUUAAUAUAUUUCUGUUACAAAAUUUUAGUAAUUUGCUUGAGAGUUUGUUAAAUUAAAUUUAAAGGCUUUAUUUGAUUAUAAUGAAAAUGCUUGGCGAUUUCUUGUCAAAGACAAAAGUUUGCUUUGUAAUGACUGUACAUGUACAGGUACAGUAAACAACACAAAAUUAUUGUAACAACAAUAUUUUUUGUGUUAAAAUUUAAGUUUUAAAGUAAAAUAAAGUAGUAAGUCAGCGGCUAAAUUGCAAAAAUGAAAUUAUUAUUUAUUUAUUGAAAUUGUUACUUUUAUGUCUUUUAUUUUUAAAGGUUUGGUUGGUUUGGUGUUAUAUAGACUAAUUAACAUUGUGUUAAAUUAUGUACAUUUUUAACUUCAAGUUAUAGAAAUAUAUGGACACCACCAAGUAUUUGUCUUUCAGUUGGAAAAAAAUAAAUUUAUUGUUUGUUUUAAUUAAA